GCAACGUUCAAAUUAUUGUAUAUAUAUAUUAUAUAUUUUUGUGUCGAAUAUUAAUUAUUGUGAUUUAAUUGGCGAGGAAUAUGGACAAGUGGAGUGAUCAUGCAUGCGGUUUUGAGAUGGAAGUAGAUGAACUGGAUGAAGAGAUCGUUGUUCAGCACGAUGUAAAUGAUAAUAGCGCAAUUUCUUCAGAAAUUCGAAGCCUGAUUAAGCAAUUCGCAGAACUCAAAAUGCAUUUUGAUUGGGCUGCAUCAGAAAACGCACUUUACGCGAAUUUGCUGCAUGCGGAUAAUCCGAAAGCUGUUCUGCUCAUGGGUAUAAGAAAGUUAAAGCAACGUGUUCGUGAACUCAGUUUCAAUGUUAUAGGUUCGUCGAUGGCAAAUCAAUGCGAGAAAGUCCUGGAAGUGAAAAUGUUCCUAGCAAGCGGACAAGUUGGUCUACAGCUUGACCAAAAAGCCACAAUUCGCAUUCAAAUAGAUGGAAUUGAUUUGGACAUUUUACAGCAAUUUAGUGAUUUCUAUAACUUGCAGCAUGGUGAUGUUAAAAAAAGGGCUGCAAAAAGAGUUACAUUCAAUAAAUUCACUGAUGUCUCCGAUGAGUUCAAAUCGGCAAAUGCAGACAACGUUCGCAGUAUGAAACUUAAAGAGCUGCAGUUCAAAGAAGCAGCUAAGGAGAAAGCUCUCUGGUGUGAGUUAAAGAAAACAUAUCAGCCACAGUUUGAUGGACAGAAUCAAUAAAAUCACGAUGAUUUAGUUUAGAAACCUUAAAUUUUGCUCGAUUAUAAUAUGUGUUACCGAAAUUUCAAAUUUUAUAGUUUACUACACACAUGUGUACUAACGAACCA